AUGCAGUUCUUGGUCCUUGCAACAACUGUAGCUGCGUUCACCCAACUAGCAAUCACGCAGACAAUUGAUCCGAACUCUGUACCGUUGUCUACAAGGCAGACCUGGUGCAAUUCUCAGAGAGCACAAUGUCCCUUGAUCUGUGUCGACCAGACCAACUCGGCCGGUACCAAUUCCAACGACUGUGAUCCCACAGACCUUGCCUACAGUUGCAUAUGUGCCAACGGCCUCUCUCCCAACGCUUCGGAAUACUCCCUGACCAUGCCCUACUAUAUCUGCACGCAAUACAACACCGACUGUCAAGCCAACUGUGGGAAUGACAACACCUGUGCUGCUGCAUGCGUUCAAAAUCACCCUUGUGGUGCUACAGACCCCACCAGAGUAAAUACAAGCACUAUUUCUACAAUGUCUGCCACAUCAACCACCAAUGGAGCAGCUGCCUCGACUGCUUCUGACGGAGGGGUUGUUUACACGGGCUUUGGUGGUGCAUCUGCUGCUGCAACUACAGCUGGUGGUGACUCUGGAAGCUCAGCUGCCACAAGGGUCAUUGUCAACAUGGGUCAGCUGUACGGACUGGGGGUCCUUGUUGCAGGUAUUUUUGCUGGAUUCGCUCUGAUGUUGUGA